AUCUAGCAAAGAACAAGCCCCAUAGAGUACUUAAAAAAAUGGCUUAUCAUAAAACCAUCCCCAUAGUAUUUUUCUUUGCAUUUGUUACCAUUAUAUACUUUGUGAUCUCAGCAGAAGCAGCUACGUUCACAGUGAAGAACAGUUGCCCAUAUGUUGUUUGGGCCGCCACAUCUGCUCCAGAAAAACCUGGCGGUGGGAAGCAACUCAACCAAGGCGAAACAUGGAGCGUUUCUUACGAUCCAGGGACCAUCCGAGCUCGGAUUUGGGGUCGCACCAAUUGCAAGUUCGAUAACUCUGGAAGAGGUGGAUGCCAGACUGGAGACUGUAAUGGUCUCCUUGAGUGCAAUUCUUAUGGACGAGCACCAAAUACUUUGGCAGAAUUUUCUCUCAAACAAUAUGCAGACCAAGAUUUCAUCGAUAUCUCGGUGAUCGAUGGAUUUAAUAUCCCAAUGGAGUUUAGUUCUGCAUCUGGACAAUGUAGUCGUGUUAUCAGGUGUACCGGAGAUAUUAUAGCGCAAUGUCCUGACCAACUAAGAAUGGAUGGUGCUUGCAACGGACCGUGUCCGGUGUUGAAGACGGAGGAACAUUGUUGCAACUCCGGUAAUUGUGGACCAACCCCACUCUCUAUGUUCUUCAAGCAACGUUGUCCAGACGCCUAUAGUUACCCUAAAGAUGAUCCUUCAAGUCUAUUCACUUGCAAUACUGGAACCAACUACAAUGUCAUUUUCUGUCCAUGAAUGAAAACGAUUCUCAAUGCAUAUGCAUAUGCAUAUAUAGGAGAAAACAAAACCAAAUAAUUAACUGCUCUGAAUAAGAUCGAUUGAUGUUUCAUCUGGCUUAUCAAUAGUUGAAAAUUCAGUACAUAUAUAUUUAUAUACU